AUGGACCAGAACGGUGCUAUGAAGGAGGCCGAGAAUCAGGAGAACACCACCAUCUCGGAUUUGAUAUGCGACUCAAGUAGGUUUCGAUUGUUGAUGCUGGGCUUUAGCUAGGGCAAAUGGUUUUGCGAGUAAGAUAUUACGAUGUUGUAGUAGGUAUUGAUGCCUAAAAUAAGGUUUUAAGGGUUUAUUAGGACAUCUUGGCGUGUAAUGUGUUUUUAUUCGAAAACUAGGUGAAAUUUCGAUUUAUAUGCUACAUUUUGAAGUAAAAUUACACUUACCUUCAUAAAGUUUUAAGUAAAAUACGCAGUUGAGGACGUGUUUGAUACAAAUUUAGGUAAAACUUGAUGAAAAAUGAACUAAUGGGUCUAGUUUUUGAUGUAGUUUGAUGCCCAAUAGACUGAUCUUGAUAUUCUAUAGGUUUUAUUAGGUAACAAAAGUUUGACUUUGAUAAAAAUGGCAAAAACUAUCGUUAACUUAUAUUAUCUAUGAUUAUAUGUGAUUUUAUUAAAACCUUGUCUUGUUUUAGAUAUAUUCGCUCUAAAUGGACGCAUGGUGUCUUCAGAAUCACAGAAGCGAAAGGCCGAUCCAUUAGAAGAUUCUAUCGACCAGUCCACUUCGAGCCAGCCAUCUCAGAAGCGACCAAAGAAGCCGAUCAAAGUGCCCCGCGAACAAUCAGAUGACCCGAGGGCCGCUGAAUUCAGUUCGAAAGAUGACGGAAUUUAUAUGGGGGCUGAGUUUAAGGAUUGGCACACAUUUAACGAGUUGUUCAAGAAGUGGAUGGGGAAACACAAUCAACCGUUUCGAAUCUCUUCGUCGGACAAGUUUACGAAUGCUGAUGGUUCGUGGAACGAAAAGGUCGGCUACCGGUCGAUUGUCUAUCACUGCCCGAGAUAUGGAGACGUUAGAGUUAGAGGUGGGUUUUGGCUUUCAUUUUAUUAAAUUUCGGUGGUGAUUUUGCUUUUAUUUUUUUAUAAGGAUUUGUGGGACAAACAUGUGUAAUAUUGAGGUAAAGGUUCGUUCUUGAUCUUUUAAAUGUAUCUUAUCGAGUUUUUGAGAUAAAGUUUUUGUUUUAGGCUUAUUUUAAAGCUAGUUUACUUACUGAUUUUAUUGUCAAAUUAAGUUGUCGUAGUUUGAAAAAAAUAGGAUGAAAAUAAGCUAGGUAUAACGUCUUUUUUAGGAUAUGUCAUGGAUAAUAUAUAUAUUUGUGUGAAAAUUUGGCUGUGCACUAAAAAUUAAUUGGUAGUGUUUUUAAAAUUGGCAUUAUUAGUAAAAAGACAUUUUUAUUUUAAGACGGAAUUAAAAUUUUAAAAAAGAUUCAAAAUGAUUUUUAUGUGUAAAAUACGUUUGCAAUAUUUGUGUUGUUAAAACAAAAAUAGGCCAAAAGCGGGGUUCAAAACGGGGAGACGGUUUUCCUCUCGAAUAAUUUGCAUAUAACAGAUGACCUAUCUCAUGCGGUGACCUACCACUGUAAAAACGGCUGAGAGUGAAAGUCAUAAAAGGGUGGUGCGCAAUUAGCACUUGAGCGCUCGAUAAUGAUGGGUCGGAAGUGUAUGGGCAUUCUGACAUCAAUUGCAACAUUAUUGAUUGGGUUGAAAAGUGAGAGGAAAAACUGAAAAUUUGGGGAAAGUUUCAAAAUUUAAAAAUUGUAAAAUACGCAGUUACAAAACUAACCUUUCUAAAACUGAAUACAUUUAAGAAUGGCAAAAUAAGGUCAAAAACAAAAAUAAAAUAUAAAAAAUUUCAGGUGAAGGCAAGCGAAUGAAGCAGAUGUACCUCCCCUGCCAAUGCACCGCGACAAUCCGCCUCAACUACCAUAGUAUGACCCAAGUUCUACGUAUCACCACCUUCAGGCCGCUUCACAAUCACGAGCUGAACGAGGAAGAGUUCACGAAGCUCAAGAUCAAACGUGCUAUGAAACAACGAAACUCAAGUUCACCAUUGACCGUACAAGCCUCUUCUGGAUCCAGUAGCGAGAUCAGUUCAGGCCCAAGCUCGACCAAUACUGUCAGUCCGAAUACGAUGAGUGCUGGUGACAUACUGGGUUAUCUACAUACUACUGGUGACAUUUUGAACCAUUUACGGAAUCAUGGUGACAUUUUGGGUAAUAUACGGAAUAACAAUGACAUCUUGAGUCAGCUUAGGGCACAGGCUGGUCUACAGGGUCUUAAUGGACAAGGUGGUGGUCUACAAGGCUAUGUUGGAAAUGGUCGACUUCAAAGUAAUAAUGGAAAUGCUGGUGGACAAAAUAGUAAUAUUGGCCUACAGAGUUGUAAGACUGGCCUACAGAGCCGUGGUACUGGUAUACAAGCCCAUAAUGUUAACUUACAGGGCCAAAACGGUGGUCUACAAGGCUUUAAUUUAGCUGAUCUGAACAAAAUUGCCAGUAUGAGCCAACAGAUGGGUAUGAAUAAGUUUGACCAAGUUGUUAAUGGUGACGAAAAUGGAAAUGAAGCUCAAAAUGGCACUAGAAAUGAAAGUCUGACCAAAGGAAAUGAUGCAGUAAAUGAUGAAGGUACUAAUAGAAGUAAUGAAGUUGGUAGAGCGAGUUCUAAUGGCAAUGGUUUAUACAAUGGAAGUUUCGAUGGUCAAGUUAAUGACGGAUUACCUAAUGGCCAGGUUAAGGAAGAAUCUCUAAAAGUUGCUGGUGAAGAAGGAUUUUUGAAUAUAUCAGAUCACAGCAACGCUGGAUUCUGCAACUCCAACUAUACUAAUGGGGCAUUUUCCAAAUUGGACCAAGCCAAUGGAAGUUAUCCAUCUUCAAAGGCUGAUAUCCUAGCCAAUUCUACAACCUAUCCAAGACCAGACAGUCCAGCUAGCCCACCAAACAAUGGUUUAUCGUAUGAUGAUCAGUUGCGACUUCUGAACGAACAGCUGAAUCAGAAUUCGCUGCUUGGAAACAUGUUGUUGAACUUGUUAAACAUAAUGACCAUGCAGAGCGCUUCGAGUCAACAGAACAUUCCAAUGUGCCACCAGAACAUGCCGUUAUCACAGCAGUUGAAUCCGUUUGAACGUCAGAGCACUUCACCAUUCAGACGUAGUGGUACCGGCGUUGAGAGAGCUGGUACUCCACUUGGACGGAUUGGAUCACCAAUUGGUCAAUGUUCACCGAUGAGUCAGACUGUUGCUUCAUAUUGUCAAAAUGGUACUAAUUUCGGUGGAAAUGGUACGGCCUUGGGUCUUAAUAGUACAAAGCUUCCUUUACUUGGAACGGGAAUUGGUACGAAUGGUACUUCUCUUGCUGAAACUGGUACUGCGCUUCAAAAUGUUUCUACUCUUGGACAAACCAGCCCUGCUCUUGCUCAAACUGGAUCACCGCUUGGGCAAAAUAGUACUCCUUCGGGCCGAGGAGCUUCUAUUCAACCUUGCUUAGACAAUUCUUUGUUAAAUCAACUUCGACAGGCUUUGGUUCAAAAAGGACGUCAAGCUGAUCUACAAAGUCAAGACAGUCUAACUCAAGCUCAAGAGCUACCUCCACAUCAAGACAUACCUCAAGUUAAUGAAAGUCUACUACAACUUAGUGAUAGCAUCCUUCAAAGUCACGACCUAUCACUUCAAAGUCAGAAUCUGAUUUCACAACAGGAUUUGUCAUCAAUUCACUAUUACAAUCCUCAGAUGAAUGCUCAAGCUUACAGCCAGCCGGCUCAACCAACCCAAGCCAACGAUGGUGCUCAACAACUUCUCAGACUUUUGCAAACUCUACAGCCAACUGGCAACCGGUUUUAA